AUGGAGGGUGUGUGUGUUCCCAGUGGGCUGCAGGCUCUCUUAGUGCUCCUCUGUCUCUCCAGUGGAUGUGGUCUGAGUGACGCAGAAAGUCUUAUUACUCUGCGUAAAGUGACGCACCAUACAGUGCAAGAACCUCUCGCAGGCUCCGCCCUCCUUCCCUGCGUCCACACCCUGCCACUCGGCUCCUCCCACCAAGGCAGGACUCCGGACGUUCAAUGGACCCGGCUUCAGGGUGACACAGAGAUCAUUGUGCUCUCGUUGGAGAAUAGGGAAGUUCGUGUACAGCAGGCAUACCAAGGCCGGGUCAGUGUCCCGGGGUACCACUCAAACAACCUGAACUUCUCGCUGGCUGUCUCUCAGCUUCGUACCAACGACUCUGGGGUCUUUCGCUGCCACGUGUUCCUCGGGGACACUUAUGAGCAGGACACCGUCACGCUGGAGGUUACAGGGGUUGUGUUUCAUUACCGAGUGCUGUCUGAGUCCUACUCUAUGUCGUUUGUGGACGCUGAGCGGGCGUGUGAGCAGAAUUCGGCUCAGAUCGCGUCCCCAGAACAACUCUGGGCUGCUUUCCACUCAGGUCUGGAGGAGUGCUCGGCCGGCUGGCUCAGCGAUCAGACCGUCAGGUACUCGAUUCAGAAACCAGAGCUGGGCUGCUAUGGACACAGCGAAAACAUGCAAGGGGUGAGGAAUUAUGGGAAACGAGAUGCCUCCGAGCUGUUUGACGUGUACUGCUUCGCCAGCGCCAUGCAAGGUGAAGUGUUCCCUCUGUCGGCUCCGGGGAAUCUCACCCUGGCCGAGGCCGUGGCUCAGUGCGGUGUUCUGGGUGCUCAGCUGGCCACGGUGGGUCAGCUCCAUCUGGCAUGGCGCUCCGGCCUGGAGCACUGCGAACCUGGGUGGCUUGAAGAUGGCAGUGUGAGGUACUCAGUGAUUAAACCACGUCCUGAGUGUAGGAGCCGAGAUCCAGGAGUCCACACCGAAUCAUCCACAGAGCUGGCCAAUGGGACUGCCAUGCUCAGUGCAUUCUGCUACAGAGAAACACAACAUUCCUCUACCGAGCCACCUGUCCCCCAGACAUCAAACUGGACCGGUCAAGUAGAUCUGAACACCGAUCCGGUUGUGGUCAGCAAAUCCGUCUCUGAUGAUUACAUCAUGGCGCGUCUCUGUGUAGAGGACGGCUCUCUGGACUGGAGUAACCAGGCAGAUACCACCCAAAAUACCUGGCAGGAUGUCUCUAUGCCGCUAUCUGACAUCACCACCGAGACGCCCAAAGAGGGAAAUAAAGGAGAUGAAGUUACAACAGUGCCCUUGCCAGUACCAACCACCACUCCGAACAAAGACUCCAUCAGAAGUGUCAUGAGCUCCUGGUGGAAACCGUGGAACUUCCUGUCAGGAAACAAUGAGGAGAAGAAGGACACCACUGCGAGUCCUUUGACCACAGUACCGGGUGUGAUGAGCACUACGGUCCUCGAAGUGGACGCUAACACGAAAUCUACCACUUCUCCAGCGUCAGGACCAGUGUCAUGGUGGUCACGUUCAUGGUUCAACAAAUUCUCCACAACUGGAGAUAAAAUGACUGCUUCCCCUCAGCUCGAAAACACAGAAGCCCCAUCAAUAGUCUUGGUCGAGACCACAAAAGAAAACCUGGAACAAGGCAUGACCACAGCUACAGAAGAUUGGACAGAGGUGACUGAGGUUCUCCAGCUUGGAAGCAUGACGCCUGACAUGGAGAAGGAGGUUGUGCCCUCUGUAGUUUCAGUCAAAGAAGAAGAAAAAGAAGAAGAAGACAAGGAGAAAGAGACUGGGCUAACACAAGAGGAAUUUAGAGAGGAGAGCAGGACAGAGGCAGAGGGUAGCUCCUGGGGGGAUGUGGAUCUAUCAGAAAGUACCACUGCAUCCCAUACAACAGGGCAAGUCCUAACUAGUGUGUCCCCUAGCAUGAAAGGUACUGUAGAGACAACUGCACAGCAAGUAGAGGAGAUAACAGCCGCUGAGGCUCGAGGAGAGAUCCAGUACGAACUGAAGACAACAGCGAGCCAAGUCGACCAAAAAAUAACCACUGUGUCUGUCUCCACGACUUCUCCUGGUUCUGACAAGGAAGAAGGAGCCCAGACCACCUUGAUUUCUGAUCUUCCCACUUCGUCUCCUCAAAGCCUGACAGAAAGAGGAGUCAUCUCUCCCACGGCUUCCGAUGAGUACCAUCUGUCAAUCUCCAGUACCCUGUUGCCUGGCAACCCAGAGAGCGGCCUUGGCAACUCUGAUUCCAGCAGGAACAAUGGAUCUGAAGACUCAGCAAUGGACAGAUGCAGUUGCUUGCACGGAGGGACGUGUCUCCCUCAUGAUGAGGGCUUCCAGUGUUUCUGCCCGCAGGGAUAUACAGGAGAGAGCUGUGAGAUCGAUGUAGAUGACUGUCUGUCCAACCCAUGUGAGAAUGGAGGAACCUGCAUUGAUAAAGUGGACUCCUUCAUCUGCCUGUGUUUACCCAGCUACAGUGGAGACAUGUGUGAGAAAGACACUGAAGGCUGUGACCAUAACUGGAAGAAGUUCCAUGGACACUGUUACAAAUUUUUCAGCCGCCGGCACACCUGGGAGGACGCUGAGAAGGACUGCAGAGAGCUCAGUGGCCAUCUGACCAGCGUCACCUCCAGCAUGGAGCAGGACUUCCUCAAUGGCCUGGGUCAUGACAAUGUGUGGAUUGGGCUGAACGACAGAACAGUGGAGGACGAUUUCCAAUGGACUGACAACGUGGACUUGGUUUAUGAGAACUGGCGCCAGAACCAGCCGGAUAAUUUCUUUGCAGGUGGAGAAGAUUGUGUGGUGAUGGUCUCUCGAGAGGACGGCAAGUGGAACGAUGUGCCUUGUAACUACAACCUGCCCUACAUCUGCAAGAAGGGCACAGUGAUGUGUGGCACUCCUCCUGCUGUGAGAAACACGUAUCUCGUGGGUCGGAGGCGAGCGCACUACGACAUCCACUCAGUGGUACGUUACCAGUGCGCCGACGGCUUCUUCCAGAGACACGUCCCGACGGUGCACUGCCGACCCAACGGCACCUGGGAGAGACCCAGGAUCGUCUGCACCAAGUCACGGAGGUCUCACCGUUACCGCCGGCAACAUCACAGAUAUCACCACGAGCACCGGCGACACCGCAGACACGGCUUAGGCCACAGGGGGCGGGACUAGAGCCUCCAUUCUCCGCCCACAGGUCCCUGUGUGCUAUCACUUCCUUUACUGGAAGUGAGAGGGCCUUCAUGGACAGAAAUGGUCAUACAUCCUUCUUUUCUUUUUUUUCCUCCCUCCCUUCUUUCUCUAGAGUCUUUCUCUUCUUUCAAAGAGUGUGUUCUGACUCAUCUUUCCUCUGUGUGUUCGGAUUUUUCAUUUCCCUCUCGCUAAAAAAACUGACUCUUCUAGCAUCGCCGCUACUAUACAACCUAGUCGUGGGUGUUUACUAAAAGUUCUUGAUGAUGAGAUGAUGAUCGCAGCUCACGUUCUUCUGAGUAAGUCAUUAACCUGUGCGUUUGAGGGAGCAGGGUUAUGCUUCGCUAGGACGUUCGUGUUCAUUAUCGUCGUAGGGGCAGAAUGUUCUCAUAGGUCUUGCUGAGUAUCUGUUCGAUUAGAGUUCUGUAUAUCCACUUUGUAGUGCAAUAAUCAAUUCUUUAAUGAAUGUCGUCCAAAACCUUCCCAAAAACGACACACUCACGUCAAUGUCACGCUAUCGGUCACGCCUGUAUAUAUUACGGUAAACAAUAAUCAGUCCUUGUUAUGGCACAAUGAAUGAUUUUUCUUUCAAAUUCAUGAUUUUUAACAAGAACUUAUGGGUGUAAGGGUUGCAUAGGUGUGAAGAAAAACAAGACAUUGCUUUUUUACUUUCUAACGCUUUGGGUUUUUUUUGUUGUUGUUUUUUUUUCCCCUCAGAACAGGAGAAGGAGUGUUAGAUUUGAGUAAAAUGAAAUAAAUUUUAAAAAAACAGACAGAAAGGAUGUGCUAUUAAUACACCAUGACAAGUCUUCUGGAAUCGCAGUAUUUAGCACGCUUCCUUUCAACGGCGGUGUUCAUUAAAAAGUCAUUCACUUAAAGAGAAAAUAAAGGCACUUCAGUUCAGCACAUUACAUAUAAUGGAUGUAUCCUGGCACGUGUGUGUGUUUAUAUAUGAAUAAUUAGCACUUCAUAACGUGUUGCUGAUAAAAGUGCUGAAAUACACUGCAAUAUUUGUUCAUUUGGCCGACACCAGUGUGAGUUAUGUUCUUAUAAACUGUACUGGAACACUGAGGAAUUUUCUUAUCUAUCUAUCUAUCUAUCUAUCUAUCUAUCUAUCUAUCUAUCUAUCUAUCUAUCUAUCUAUCUAUCUGUCUGUCUAUCUCUAUCUAUCUCUCUAUCUAUCUAUCUAUCUAUCUAUCUAUCUAUCUAUCUAUCUAUCUAUCUAUCUAUCUAUCUAUCUAUCUAUCUAUCUAUCUAUCUAUCUAUCUAUCUAUCUAUCUAUCUAUCUAUCUCUCUCUCUCUCUCUCUCACCCACCCAGGUUUAGAUCCUUCUAGAAGUGAACUUUGACACAAACUGAGACGGACAGAGCAAAAAGUCCAAAAGUCUGAGACCACCCUGAACAUAUGGGAUUUUUUUUUUCCUUUUUUUAUUGAAAAUUGGAAAUAAACAGAAUUUUUUUUUUUAAGUAUUCAGUCUCUGGAAUAUCAGGAUUCUGCACUGUUUCUAGCUCCCGAUUGAAAUGUUAAACGUUUCAGUGUUUGAACUGGCCGUGUACAAAAAGGUCAGAUUUUCCUCAUGCCUGGUCUCUGCUGCCGAAGCGUGCGUCCAGACGACAUUUAGACUGAAAAUCAAAUCAAACUAUAUGGAUUUGAGCUCAAAUGGAUUAAGCGCACGCUGUCAUGAAAGCAAAAAUGGGACGUACCAAAUACUGAAAAACUCUAAGAAAGAUUUUCUCCUUAAAACUGUGGUCAGUGAUGUGGUCUAAGGUAUAUAUUCCAAAUUCAGCAGAUUUGGGUGGAGACGUGUCAUGUGACAUCAUCAGGCAAAGCCCUCUUUUAUUCACGUGCAUCAAACAUGAGUACAACUCUCAAUGAAAGAAAUAUUGAAUGUGUCUUCAUUGCUAGGAGACUUAAUUGAAGAAUCCUUUGCUUGUAAUUUCACUAAUUUGAGCAGAAAAAUAAAUAAUAAAAAUAAAAAAAAAUACAAAAAGUUGCAUUGAAAUUUUAGGGGAAAAAUUUUUUUGGAUGCAACAAUCAUCAAGCGAUUCAUCAUUAAAUUACAAAAAGAAAUGCGAAUUAGAAUUAUUUUUACUUGGGCUCUCAGACUUUUGGACCUCUCUAACUCUCCUGUCAGCGUAAAAAAUGUAAAAAUAAUAAUUAUCAUAUUUGGCAACUUAUGAUUUAUCUGUACAAUUAAGAGUUAAGGGCCUUGCUCAGGGGCCCAGCAUAGGCUGCUUAAUGGACCCAGGAUUUGAACCCACAACGUUCUGAUCAGUAGUCCACCAGCUUAACCCCUAUGCUACCACUUCCCUAAAGAUAUACCUCGAGUAAAAGCUUUCCCAUGUUCCUUCCCUAAUCUAUUAAUGCAUGGAACUAGCUAACUCGCUCUCCAUACAGUAUUACGUUCUAGCCUGAGCAUUGGUCUAUCAACUAAAUUUAUGAUUUGCCCACCACCUGUACCAUGGAAAAAACUGUACAUAUUUCUCUCAGCUAGUCUCUCCGACGUCUUUAGCACCGGAGCUGUGCGGCUAAUGUAGCUGGACGCUUAUGGCCACGGUUUGCAUGUGGAUUCUGACGCUUUAUAACCUUGUGACAUCACCAGCAUUGGGAUAAAUGUGGAGGUUGACCUGAUUAUGGGGCAAAAGUUGAUGGGCAAGGGGAUUAAUUUGACCACAAUAUGUGAGGGGAAAUGGAGGUUCGGGUUUGUUGCGGUGUUACAUAUGAUGCGAUGUGGAAUCAAGAACAGAAACGGACGCAGAAUCGCGUCAUAGGUUUGGGAAAGGUCCUGAUCUUAUAUAAAAAUCUACACUAUAAGGUACUUCUUACAAUGAUUGGGUGCUUAUAUUCUCCUAGUGCAUGUAUUCUUGGCAGAUUGUAUACCGUUUUUUGAAGUAAGUCAAAAUUUUGACGUUGCUUUCCAAAUCCUGCAGACUUUUACUCACUUACUCUAUCGUCUGAUUUGACAGUUUAGACUUAAUGCAAACUAACCUCCAAGGUGCGCGAUGAGUUUGAUGAUUUUACGGGAUAUGCGAGCCGGAUUUGGAUUACAGGAGCUUUCUUGGAAAAAGAUGCCUUUCUGUUCGAUCAUUACAGCACAUGCUGAAUCACAGAUGGCUCCUUAUUCUCUCGUAUUGUGUGAAAUAAUAGCUUCUACUCGGUUCUAAUAACCAGCUGCUAUUGAGUCACUAUACUGUGUGUUGAAUAUGCGUUCUUGUUCAUGCAGCUGCUUAAUCAGCCAAUCAUGUGGCUUGCAGCGUAAUAUUUCAAAAUCUCACGCAGAGACAAAUCGAGUUUCGGAAAAAAUGAUCGGAAAAAAGUUAACCUGAUCCUUUCAAUGUUCAGUUUUAGUGACUCUAGCCUCAGACUUUCCAGAAGAUUUCUGGAAAACGAUACGGUCGUCUGCUUGUUAUAGCACAACCACCUCAGAUCACUAAUCAUGAGAUGCUUUUCAGCUCACCACGCUUGUCUAGAGUGGCUAUUUGAGUUAACAUAGCCUUCCUAUCAGCUAAAACCUGGCUGUCAAAAGAACUGACACUCACUGGAUGAUUUUUUUGUUUGUUUUGUUUUUGUUGUUUUGUUUUUGUUUGGUUUUUGUUUUGUUUGUGUUUGUUUUUUGUUUUGUUUGUGUUUGUUUUGUUUUUUGUUAGUUUUUGUUUGUUUCUGUUUGUUUGUUUUUUGUUUUGUUUCUGUUUGGUUUUGUUUUGUUUUUUGUUAGUUUUUGUUUGUUUGGUUUUUUUUUUUUUUGAUUCUGUUUGUUUUCUGUUUUGAUUUUGUUUGUUUUUUUUUGUUUGUUGUUUUUUGUUUUUUUGUUGUUUUGUUUUGUUUCGUUUUGUUGCUUUUUUUUGCACCAUUUGGUAUCAAAUCCAGAGAUUAAAAAAAAGCUCGGUCUGUCAGAAGAACUGACGCUCAAUGGAUGUUCUUUUUUGUUUUGUUUUUGUUUGUUUUUGUAUUGUUUAUUUUUUUGUUACAUUUUUGUUUUUUGCACCAUUUGAUAUCAAUUCCAGAGAUUAGAAUCCCAGUGUGUCAGAAGAACUGGUGCUCAGUGGAUGAUUUUGUUUUGUUUUUGUUUGUUUUGUUUUGUGCACCAUUUGGUAUCAACUCUAGAAACCUUUAUGCAUGAAAAUCCCAGUCUGUUAGAAGAACUGAUGCUCACAGGAUGAUUUCCUUCAUUUUGUUAUUUUUAUUUGUUUUGUCUAUUUGCUUCGGUUUGUUUUGUUUUUGUUUGUUUUGUUUUUUUGGAUUUUUUUUGUUUCGUUUUGUUUUGGUUUGUUUUGUUUUUUUUACACCAUUUAUCAACCCCAGAGAUCUUCAUGCACGAAAAUCCCAAUUCAAUUCUAAUGGCUAAAUUUCUUAAUUCCAGUCACAGAGGCACGUUUCUUAUCUUAUUCUUGUCUUAUGUAGUGCACCAGCUGUGUAUUCGGGAGCCAUAUGGGAUUCAGCCAGUGUGUAAUGGGAAGUGUGUGAUUCCAGACCUUGUUAAAGCAGGAAGAGCCAGUGUGUAGUGUCCAUGCUUACUGCGACAAAAACACGAAAACAUCUGAAAUAACGGUGAAUUUAUAUCAUGUUUCUUAUUAUGAGAUUAAUUAUAGCAAUUAUAAAAUCAGUGAAGUCAUUUCUAGAACUUUUCUAGAAAUACUUGCUAGAGAGCAGCAAAUCUCAAUUCCUUCAUCUACUCAAAUCUCACAAUAAGAAAUAUUACAAAACACUUUUUCACUUUUAUAUCUAAUUUUUUUCCUAUGAAAUUUUAAGGGUUUGCUUUUAGCGUGCACCAGUUUGUGUGCUGUGAUUAAUUUAGGUUCAUGCUACCCUAUAUAUGUGUGUGUGUGUGUGUGGUUUUUUUUAGACUUUACUAAUUCAAACCCACACUUUAUAACAUUAGCAUUCAUCCGAUAGUAACAUUCAUAACCUAACACAUUGUGGGUGUUUUGUUUCCCAGUAUCUGUUCAUAAACGUGAGUGACUUCUCUGAAAUUAGCUUGUUGUCUUUUUUCUCGGAUUCUCUGUGUUUCUUUCUAACAUGUACAUGCUAGACAAAAAGACAUCUUAGAGCUGUUAUUGAUCCAUGUUGCGUUUUUAAUUCCUCUGACCGCCUUUUUGGUUUGUACACCGUGAUCUCUUCUUGUACUUUCGUUCUGAAGGAACUUUUUUUUUUUUUUGUGCCGACCUCAGAGCUUACAAUCUGGAAAAACUCUCCCUAAUUGAACCGGGUGUAAAAUUUCAGACCGACGUCUCAGUACCAACCCACAGAGGUGUCGGUAUUGAUCGGUCAGCAGGCUUGCCUUGUGGAAUAUUUUUCCUUACAUAAAUUCAUUUAAAGCAGGUCAAAUCGGGAGAUAUUUUGAGAUGGAUGUACUGCGGAGUAAUUGGACGAUGAUGAUGAGGUUGGAUUUGGUCUCUGAGAUAUUUAAUGUGUCCACUAUUUGGUGUUCUUAUGACUUCUCGUUGCUGUGUUUUGUUCUUUAUUAAACUGGAAACAGACAAACAAUAAAACUGAUUGCCUCAGUACCCUCACUGUUUAUGAGACCUUCUUAAUGGAUGACCGUCAAGUGCAAAUGUUUUUACGCUUCAAGGUGUUUUAACAGCAUGUGAAAUGUCAUACAAUAAGACAGCAAUUAUAAUACUAAUAAUAAU